CGUUUCCUAUUGUUGCCGGAAGUGACGUCCGUAUUCGGGGGCGCUUCAAGAAGAAGUAUUUUUAUCCCCUCGAUCUACGAUUCGCCACAGAGUCCCGGUCUCUCACUUCGCAGUCCGAGCCCCUCUGAGCCUCAGAACCAGGCAGACUUCGAAUCUGCACCUUGGGAUCGGACUGGACGUAGAAAAGACUCUCGGCAGGGUCAGUCUUCCCAGGCCUCUGUACGAACGUGCUGUGGAAUCUGCAGCGGGGAAUCCAGGAGCGCAGGGGAGCCGGCAGCUUGGAAGGUCCUGCCGCGGUGCGUGGCGGGCUUCCACCCGCUGCUCAGAAUACAAACGGUCGGCGGGAGAAGCGCGUCCCGGCGUCGGCGUCGGGCCGCAGGGAGUCGUUGCUGGAGGCUGGGCUCCCGGGGCUCUGGGAUUGCACAUGCUACCACCCCUUCUGCCCGUUGUGCGGGUCCGGAGGCCUUUGGAGCCCGUUCUUUGCUCGGCCGCUGCUGGAUCCCAGCUGUACCUGUAUCUUACUCUUCUUCAAAAUAUUUAUUCUGCUGGUACUGAAGAGGAUGUGUUCCAGGGACAUACUUUGUUGACAGAAAUUCCAUUACCAAAGUGAACUCAUUUUAGAGGAGCUUCAUUCCCAGAGAAUUCAAUACUCAAGGUGAAAAAUUAGAUAAUUUCCAAAGCUGGAGCUGAAUCAAAUGUUAAAUAAUGGCAACAGGUGACUUAAAAAGAAGUUUACGGAACCUAGAACAAGUGCUUCGCUCGCUAAAUUAUCCUAGAGAGGUGGAUUGUGUAGGUUUGGUAAGGGGAGACACAGCAGCCUCUCUGCCCAUCAUCAGCUAUUCCCUUACCUCAUAUUCACCUUAUGUAGCAGAACUUCUGGUGGACUCCAACGUAGAGCUCAUAGCAAAGAAUGACUUACGCUUCAUAGAUACUGUCUACAAGCUUCUUCGUGAUCAAUUUAAUUAUAAACCAAUCUUGACGAAAAAGCAGUUUCUCCAAUGUGGAUUUGCAGAAUGGAAAAUCCAAAUUAUAUGUGAUAUUUUGAAUUGUGUGAUGAAAAAGCACAAGGAGUUGAGUGGUCUUGAGAAGGCUCCAUCACAACAAAGAAAAAAAAUCAGUUCUGCUAAGUCAGAACCUUGUUCAAGCGCUGAGAAGACAUCAACUGAACCUGUGGGCAUUGACGUCACUGGCAGGUUUAUGACUUCGGGAAAGAAGAAAGCUGUGGUGAUCCGGCACCUGUACAAUGAAGAUGGUCCUAACAUUCCUGAAGAUACAGUAACAGAUGUUAAUGAAGCAUUUGAUAUUUGUGACUUAAAGGCUGCUGAAAUAAAGAUUCCUGAAUUACAGGUUCCUGAAAUUAAGUGUGAGCAGCAAGAUACAGAAGUCAAUCCUGAGAUUAUUGCACUACAGACUAUGCUUGCUGAAUGCCAAGAAAAGCUGAAGAAACUGACUUGCAUAGAAAGUAGAUUAGAAUCUUUGGAAGAAAAAAUGAAAGGGAAAGUGAUGGUGAAUGAAAAAACCUGGGCUGAUCUUCUAAGUCGUGUCACUCUUCUUGAAACAGAAAUGCUUUUAUCUAAAAAGAAUGAUGAAUAUAUAGAGUUUAAUGAGAUGAGUGAAGACUGUGCUUCUAGUAGCGACAUGGAUAAUCUCAAUCCGGAUAGAAAAAGCAAAGAGGAAAGGCAAGCAAAUAUUCCUUUGUCCUCUGGUUAUCGUAUGGUAUCAUCCGAUUCAACUCCCAGAACCUCAACUAUUAAUUACUGUGGUUUGAAAGAGAUUUCUGAGGUAGGUUAAAGACACAAAUAUGGAAAUAGAAAUGGAAGUGAGGUCUGUGAGCCACAGCGCCGGCAUCACCCACGAGCUAAGUCUGCAUUAAAAAUACGCAUACGAACACUGGGGGAACACUGGCAAAGGAGAUGAUCUUUGGGGAAAUAGUUGUCAACUCAAAAUGCACAAGCCAUGAAAGAAAACAUAAAUUUGGUAUACUGUACUUGGAUUACUGGCUAGAAAGAUGGUGGCUUCCUGAAGGGUUGGCUGUUCACGCAGAAGGUAGCCCUCCCUGCGAAUACGUCCGCUGGAAGGUGCUUGGAGAGCAGCCCCAGCAUCCUGCAUCUCCUGCAAAGAUGGCUUAACUUAAACUGGCUUAAGCAGGAAAGGGCAUUUACUGGCUCAUCGGUGUGAUGGGUAAAGGGAACCGUAGACAUGGCAGAGCCCAGAAAUCUCACCAAGAAGGAGGAGGAAACAGCUGUGGCCAUGCAGCCAUUCCAGUCCAGAAGGGGAUGAGAAUCAGACAUUGGGGCUCAGGCCAGCGUGGGCAGCCCCGGUGUGUGUGAAGCAGAUGCAGCUGGGGCUCGUGACUGCCUCACCGCCUCCCCUCCACCCCCGACCAUCCCACAGGACGUCUGCCCACAAAGCCCAGGUAUGUAUGCUGAGGAACAACUGUCUAGACCUGUCUGAGGAAAUGUUGUCAAUAUUAGAGGGGUUUAACGGCUCCAAAGCCAACACCCUUUGUGUGUCUCAGAAGAUGAUUUCGAUGUUCAUGCGGACAAAACACAGGAUGAGUUCAAAGAGGCAUGAGUUAGUGCUGGUGGUUCUGGCCUGACUGUCAAGCCAGACCUCCACCCCCAGGGAGCUGUUCAGCUGCUUUAUACCAACUAGAGAUGCACCUGCAACCUGGAAAGCCUCUUCCACCUCACCCGGCGAGAGAUCAAACUGGCAGUCAUGGAGAAUGGCCAUUUCACAUCUAUAUUGUCUACUUUGUCCUUAGCCACACCGCCCACUCUGUGAGCCCUGAUCGUCCCCAACAGAGCACGUUAAGUAAAUGGUUCCAGUGCUUACAUUUCUUCUUUGAUGUCGCUUAAAAUGUCCACAGUGGAGCCAAUGAGAUUGCAAAGGUGAGCUGGCUACCUGGAUGCCAAGGGUGCAAGGUCAGCUCUGGGGUAGCACUGGCUGAAACCCUCAAUUUGCACAUCUGGGAGCCAAACAACUGGAGUGGCCGUGCUGGAGAAGGAGAGCAAGUCGUCCGAGACCAAGACCACCAUCCAAGCACCCUGCCACUCCAGAAUACUUCCCCAUCCUUUCCUUCCUGAUAGCAGUGGUGGAGGGGGCCACCACCAGGGUUCUUGGGGGCAAGUAGCUCAACCUCUAAGCUUGGUUUCUCCCCCUGUGCAGGGAAGUUUGGCCCAGGGCGCUGGUCCUCAAACUUGGCACCACGGAACUUUCGGAGGUUCCAGAACUUACUGGAGGGCUUCAGUAGGAAGCAUGGAAGUUCUAAGAGGAACCCCAGGGGCUCUGAGCACUCACCCCCCAUGACUCCCAGCCUCACUCUCCAUUUGUAAGUUUUAUUUUUAUAUGAUUUAUUCCCAUGUGAUUUCAUCACUGAAAUAAGCCAUGGGGACCAGAAUUCCGUUUUAUGAAGAUUACCCUGGUGGUGUUUUAGAGGGGAAGUAGAAGAGGACAAAGCUGGAGGGAGGGGUACUGGUUAGGGAACCCCAUAGGGUCCAGGAGAGAAACGAGGCUCAAGGUAAAGAAAGAGCAUCGGAGAUGAAGGGGGAACAAAACAGGAAAAAGAAGGGAUGUUUCUGUCAGAUAGAUGAUAGUCACCAGAGGACGUUGACAGUAGUCCCAUGGAGUCACUUUAAAGAGCCCUAUCUUCAAAUGGUUCCAACAGGAUUAAUAACCUCCAACCUAGAAUUUCAGAUAAAUAAAUACAUUGACUUGUUGGAUGGACUUGUUUAUACGCGGUUUAUAUGAAUUUAGUAUAAUGUCGAGCUCCAACAAUGAGUAGCGGGGGCUACUCUUGGUUGUGGUGCGUGGGCUUCUCAUUGCGGUGGCUUCUCCCGUUGUGGAGCACGAGCUGUAAGUGCGCGGGCUUCAGUAGUUGUGGCACACAGGCUCUAGAGCUCAGGCUCAGUAGUUGUGGUGCACGGACUUAGUUGCUCUGCACCAUGUGGGAUCUUCCCGGACCAGGGCUCAAACCCAUGUCCCCUGCGUUGGCAGGCGGAUUCUUAACCACUGCGCCACCAGGGGAGCCCCAAACUUAUUUCUUUACUUCCUUCCUCAUGGCAAAGAAGAACUAUUCGAUACACAUUCUUUAACUGUAAUAUUUUGACACAUGUAAAAGAUACUAUUAUACAACUCAAGCUAAUUAAAUUCUACACAGAAGGUAUCAAUUGUUCUUAACUUUCCAGGUCCAAACCAUCAUUUAAGAACAACAAAAAAAUUAAAGUGACUUUUAAGAUCUGAAGUUAUAUAGAAAAAUUUACAGCGAACCAUUAGCAUUUAAGGUUAGGAUGUAAAGAGUAAAGGCAACUAUACUUUCCCAUUUUAUUAGCAAAGUGAAUCAGGAUGAGUAGGAAAAUACACAGGAAAUCACUUUGCUCAAACACAAAAAAAUUACAUUUUAACAAGAGCUGGUCAUAAGAAUUUUCAGAAAAGUCGCUACCUCUUCCCCUCUUAGUACAGUUUUAGUUGAUUUUUAAGUUGUAAAAGCUAAAGUUAAAGGAGACAUGUGUUUUUAAAUUGUUUUUGGUGUAUCUUCAAAGUUAUAAAAGUUAUAAAGUAGUCAGUGUUAAAAUAUAUUUGGUAGUUUAACAAUAACAUUUUGCUUCCAGGAUAAUGUUCUCACACUUUAUAGCUUUAAGAAUGUACUUUACUCAUGGGAACUAAGGCGGUUAUGAGAAACUGAAGGGAAAAAGUUCAAAAGGUAGUCCAUGACUUUUUUUUUUUAGGUUCUGAAAAAGGAUAAGACUGUUUGGAUUAUGUUGCUCUCUGAUUUAGUAAAAAAAAAAAAAAAUGCUAAUGAAUAUAUGUUAACCUUGAGGUUAUCAACAUUCUUGCUCCAGAUAGAUUUAUGGUAAAAAUAGACUACUGAACUGUCUUGUUAAAUUUUAAAAGAUGAGUUUGGAGGAGUUACAAAUAACAUCCUUUACCCUGAGGUCAAAAAGAAUAUGUAAACUCAAAUUUUUUAGAUAAGAAUACUUAUUAUAGUUUCAACUUUCAUACUUCCUAUUAAAAUGACUGUGUAAGAAUAUACAAUCUUUUAUGGUUUUAUUCUGAAUAUAUACCACUCUCCCUUUUUAACAAAUUCAAAGUAACACAUGUUCAUUUUGAAAUUUUUUAAAAGUACAAAGUAGAAAAAACCCCACAAAAUUAGUGCAAGAUCACUAGAGAAAUAUUCAAACGUUGCCAAAGUAGCCCAUCCCUACUUUCCUCCCAUCACUGAUGAAGUACAGAGAGGUAAAGUGUUAUGUACCCAGAAUAGUGAAAGGGACAAACAUGGGCUGAGGAGGUAGGAAUUAAGACGUAGCUCAACAGUGAAAACUAGGAAAAGAGCUGGGCAGGGCAAAUAGGACAGUUUUCUGUAGGGUUGGUAGCCUAAGGGCGCAGUGUUCACAUAAGCUGGGGCAACAAGGAGAAGACAAUUGAGUUCCUGUAUCUAAGAUCCCUGCUCCUGGGUUGAUUAUAUGUUCUAAGCUGCACCAUCUCACUGGUUUCAGUGGAGCAGGAGAAAGCAGUGGCAAAGGAAAGAAGGGAAAAUUAUGGGGGUAGCAUCUGCUCAUUGUGUGUGCCUGCAGCAUCGGCAACGGCAACACGCUUCAUUCUAUUAAUUGCAUCAACCGCAUGUUGUAAACACAUUUCCAGAGACCACAUGUAAUGGGCCUUGGGUUCCAUUCAGCCCCCUUUUUUUUUUUUCUUUUGCGAUACGCGGGCCUCUCACCGCUGUGGCCUCUCCCGCCGCGUAGCACAGGCUCCGGACGCGCAGGCUCAGCGGCCAUGGCCCAUGGGCCUAGCCGCUGCGCGGCAUGUGGGAUCCUCCCGGACCGGGGCACGAACCCGUGUCCCCUGCAUUGGCAGGCGGACCCUCAACCACGGCGCCACCAGGGAAGCCCCCAGCCCCUUUUUUGACUCCUCAAAUAGUUAACGUAUAAUUUGUUUUUCACAUCAUUUUCAUCAAAUAAAAUUCACUUUCAUUUUUAUGACCAUUUUUAAAACAGCAAAUAUCUCCCCAAGCAGUCUUGGGUUUCAAAGUGGCAGUGAUUUUAUGUGCUGACGCAUUUGAACUGCCAAGGAUCUCCCGCGAUGUAUGCGUUAAUGACGACCACUUGGAGUUCUUGUUCAGAUGUUUGCUCAAAGCGUAGAGCUACCGUCAGAGAGUGCCUCAGCCUAAAGAAACAAUUCUUCCAGUUAUGCAGAUCCAUAAAUUCCAACUCAAGCAAUGUAUUUUGCGGGUAAUAAACACAAGUGUGUUCCUAAUUGGAGAGAAAUAAUGCUUAGGCUUGGACCUGUUGCCUUCCUGGAACUGAAGUCUAGCACACAUGGAGACAUUCCUCUCUAAAGAACACAGUCGCUAAUAGAAACAAGCAGUCCACCAGGAUGUCGAGCCAACACUUCCUGCAGAGGGCAGAGUUCUCUGGAAUUUACUGAAAGUGGACACAGAGGACAUUUAUAUUUAUAGAAACACUUUAGAUAAGACAAGACUUUUAAAAGCCAGAAAUCACUUUUAGGGAGAUUUCAGAAAAAUGUUGUAAUCUUUUUUUAUUAUUAAUAGGCAUAAAAAGGAUUGUUAUAUUGAUAUUGACAGAAAUUAGGUGAUUAAUUGAAGAUUUUAACUUGAAAGGAUGAAUUGCCCCAACAUUGGUUUAGAAUUUUUCAUUAUAUACAGUUCAAUCUUGUGGUCUGUCAAAUGCCCAAUAGCCAUUUAUCUAGUACACGUACCUUUACAGCUGGAUUUCCAAAUAUGAUUAUUAAAUUCAUAUGAUAGAGUGUCCUGAAAGUAAAUAUGUCAGCAGGCUUUGCUUUAUUUUAUGCAUUUAUUCUGGAUGUAACAUAACUUGAUGUUACGUAACACAGAUGAUGCUCUAAGACAUUUUGCCAGAGCUAUUCAAGCACAGCAUUGUUUGAGAUUGUGGAAGGUGAUUUAGAAACACCUGGAUUGAGUAUUUCUAUCCAUGCUUUAAAUCCUAGAAGGCUUGCAGUUUUAUAGUCCUUUCAGGGAAAGACAGGAACUACAUUAACACUUGUUAGCAUAACAGUUAAUAUACUUCUGAGAAAGAUUUUGUAAAAAUUUUGAAAAUUAUGCCAAAAAAUUAAAGGGAAGAUUAAAAAGGAUUAGUGUUUGAUCAGCCUCUGUAGAUUUAGGAAUAUUUUUUAGAAUAUAUAUUUUUAGAAAUAUUUACAGCUUUUAUGCUUGGGGGCUUGGGAACAUGAAGGCAACACGCGUUGGAACAAAAUCCUAAAUCUUACAUUCAGAUGAGCAUCAUCAUUUGUGGUAAUAUUCAUGUAAUGGAGCUCAGCGUCCCAGCUAAUGUCAAAGCAACAGUCGAUGAGAUUAUUGUAUUCAAGUUGCUCUGUGUGGUCCACUUGGAACCUCUGUCUCUUUGAUAGUAUUUGGACGCUCUCCUCUCUCCCUCCCUUACACCUAAUCGGUCCAGUGGGACGCCACACAAGACAAAAAGCUCACGUAAUUUGAUAGAACAGGAGCUGAUAGAUUAGUAGGGAGAAGAACCAUCACGUUUCUUCCUCUCUGAACCAGCAACAUAUUUGUAUUAACAGCCGUGGUCUGGACAAGCGCCUCUACCUUUCUUGUCAAGAAGGGUAAUUUUCAGCCAGUGUAGUAGGAGGGCUACACUGUAGCUCAUGAUGUAAAUAUUUUUUCAAAGUGGGAAGUUUCAUAGGCUAUGAAAUAACAUAUUAGCCACAUGAAGUGUCAGACUUUUGAAAAAGUCCCCUCUCCCACAAGCUAAAGAUUAUGAUAAUAACAGUAACUCUAAUCAUGGCUAACCUAUCUGAGUACUCACUCUGACCGGCCAGAGUGGAUUAUAUAUAUUAUUUCAUUAAAUCUCCCAAGAAUAGAUAACCAAUAAGGACUUACUGUAUAGCACGGGGAACUCUACUCACUACUCUGUAAUGACCUGUAUGGGAAUAGAAUCUGAGGCACUUUGCUGUACAGCAGAAACUAACACAACAUUGUAAAUCAACUAAACUCCAAUAAAAAAAAUUCAUUAAUAAAAAUAUAUAAA